CUCCCCUUUACCGACGUAUAACGACCUCAUCCACUCUUCGACGACUUCCCUCAUUCUGCUUGUCCUCAUAGCACAAUGUGGGUAUCUUGAGACGGCAUUGAUGGGCGAAGAAGGGAGGCACAGUGAUGCGGAAGGGUAGAUGCCAGGAGAUAAUGGGGCAUCGAGAGGGAUGCAUCGUGGCCAUGUCCUCUGCACAGAGUGACAAGUGCCUGUCGGAGGCCAAGCGAUAUGGAGGGCGCUGCAUGGCUCAUGAGCGGUUGGACGGGCAAUGUUGGAAUUACAGCAUGGUCGGGGGGAUCUUCCGAGGGACAGCGAAUCGGUGCAGGAGAUGGGGCAAUGGGACGCUGGCAUCACUACAGCACGGGAAGACAUACAGUCAAUACUGAUUCUCUCCCCUUGCUGCUCCUCACCAUCAUCUACAGGGGUCGUGUCAUCCGUUCUCAGAGAAAGUCGGGCGGGAUCUUCAGGUCCCACACCCACCUCAACAAGAACCCAGCUAAGCUGAGGAACUACGACUACGCCGAGCGCAACGGUUACAUCCGAGGCAUCGUCAAGGAGAUCAUCCACGAUGCCGGUCGUGGUGCUCCCCUCGCCCUCGUAGCCUUCAGGGACCCUUACCGCUACAAGAUCCGAACUGAGACCUUCAUCGCCACCGAGGGCAUGUACACUGGUCAGUUCGUCUACUGUGGUAAGCGCUCUGCUCUCAACGUCGGCAACGUCCUCCCCCUCUCCUCUCUGCCCGAGGGAACCAUUGUCUGCAACGUCGAGGAGAAGGCCGGUGACCGUGGAACACUCGCCCGUACCUCCGGCAACUACGUCACCAUCAUUGGCCACGACGCUGACGGCAAGGUCACCCGUAUCCGUAUGCCCUCCGGUGCCAAGAAGACUGUCCCCUCGACUGCUCGUGCUACCGUUGGUAUCGUUGCUGGUGGUGGACGAAUUGACAAGCCCCUGCUCAAGGCUGGUCGUGCCCACCACAAGUUCCGUGUCAAGAGGAACAGCUGGCCCAAGACUCGUGGUGUGGCCAUGAACCCCGUGGACCACCCUCACGGAGGAGGAAACCACCAGCACAUUGGUCACGCUUCGACUGUCUCCAGGUUCGCACCGUCGGGUCAGAAGGCUGGUCUCAUUGCCGCUCGCCGAACCGGUCUUAUCCGUGGUACCGUCGGCAAGGUCAAGAACGACUAAGCAGCGGGCUAGCGUUUUCAGGUCGUGG